AACAACUUUCGUUCAAAAUGCUAUCAUUUUUUGUCCAGUUUGCAAUUUACCCCUAAUAUACAUAAAUAUACACUCUCUCUCACACACACAAUAUAGCUAGAGAAAGUUACAGAGAGAGAAGUAAAGAGCGUGGAGAGAGAUAGAGAUGAAGAAGGCACCUCCAAACUACACUCAACUCUUCAUUCUUAGCUACUUAUUUUCAUACGUUUGUUCACAAUCACAAGAUUCUUGCAAUUCUCCUCUCACUUUGCAAAACCCACUCUCGUUUGACACAACUUCUAUGCAAUGUGUCACAGUCUGGAGCUCUCAAGGCUUCAUCCUCAGAUUUGUGCAGGCUGCACCAAAUGUAUGGAAUUUCGUGCUCUCAGCACCAAGCACGAAAGCAUAUGUUGCCAUAGGCUUCUCACCCAAUGGUAACAUGGUAGGCUCAACUGCCGUGGUUGGUUGGGUGGAAUCUGGCGGCACUUCUAACAUGAAGCAAUACUUCUUGGGUGGCCAACAACCUAGCCUCGUUACGUUGAUUCAGUCACCCAGUCAAGGGUUGCCAUUUGGCAACGUCUCCACCAUGCUUGUUCAGUCAGACCGAAUCUACAUCGCCUUCCAGCUCCUCACCGCCCAGCCUGGCUUGCACCUCAUCUACGCGGUGGGGCCGGUUGGGCGCCUACCCCAGGCACCCGAUUUCCGAUUGACUGAACAUCAAGAUAAAAUCGCCACCUCCUUGAAUUACGCUUCAGGUCAAUUUCAAACUGAGAAACGGCCAGAGUCGAAUCUCCGGAGGAUCCAUGGGCUCUUGAACAUGCUAGGUUGGGCCAUCUUGAUGCCGAUUGGAGUGAUGGUAGCUCGGUACAUGAGGAAGUGGGACCCACUUUGGUUCUAUAUGCAUUCCGUUACUCAAUCAAUAGGCUUUAUAUUGGGUCUAAUUGGUGUAAUAUGUGGCUUUGUUUUGGAUGGUCGUCUCAGCGCCAACGUUCCCAUACACAAAGCUCUUGGAAUUGUUAUUAUCACUUUUGGCUGCCUUCAGGUUCUGGCUCUCCUAAUCCGACCGGACAAGACCUCAAAAGUUCGAAAAUAUUGGAAUUGGUAUCAUUUUGGGGUGGGAAGGGCUUUGGUGUUUUUGGCUGUGAUAAAUGUGUUUUACGGAGUCCACUUGGGGAAGGCCGGUUCGUCAUGGAAUGUCGGGUUUGCAGCGUUUCUCGUCGUUUUAUUCGUCAUAACUCUGAUUAUGGAGAUUAGAAUAUGGUGUAGAGAAUGAUACUAUGUUCCUUUUAUAAAUGUAUUACCACUAGUAAGUUAUUAGUUUAUGAUUGCAUUUUUUUCUUAGUUACUUUGAUUGAUGGAUCGAGGCAUGUGUUUCACAUAUUUGCUACUUAGAAAACCUUCUCUUUUAAGCUGCUUGUGAUAAAUUUGUACUCCAUGACAGAAAGGAUGGAAUAAAAUAGGACUCUGAGAAAUGUUUAAUCCGAUGGUUUA